UAUCUUCAAUUGCAACAUUCAUCGCCGCAGACUCUCAUUGCAAGUUCGUUAAUUCUCUCUCACUCUCGAUCUCUAUACACCGCUCGAUUUCAAUUUCCUCACAGAAAUGAAUAAAUUCGACGUCAACCGAUACGAAGGUGUCUUCCACUACUUUGAUGAGAACAGAGACGGUAAGAUUUCGCCCUCUGAACUGCAGGCUUGUGUAAUGAGAAUAGGUGGGGAGUUGUUGUUGGAAGAGUCUGAGGCGGUGACUGAGUCCCUGGAUUCAGAUGGAGACGGAAUGCUGGAGUUGGAGGAUUUCGUUGGUUUAAUGGAAGCUGAAGGAGAAGAAGAGAAGAUGAGGGAUAUGAAACAAGCCUUUGGAAUGUAUGAGAUGGAUGGUUCUGGGUUCAUUACAGCCAAGAGUUUGAAAAGGAUGCUUAGUCGAUUAGGCAUGUCGAGGCCGAUGGAUGAAUGUAGCAUCAUGAUUACUCGGUUUGAUCUCAAUGGCGAUGGCAUGCUUAGCUUCGACGAAUUCUGUAUUAUGAUGCAUAAUUGAUUGAUUAAUUACAAAUACUUUAUUUUUCUGCUGCAAUGUUGAGUGGAUUCAAAUUAUUGUAUUCGUUUGUUGUUGUAUGACUCCUCAUCACACAUGCAUGAAAGGCUGUUGAUAUAUAAAUCAUCAAUUCAUUCUACUUUUGCG